AAUUGGCUAUCGCCCUGAGCAACCGAGGACGCGGUGGGCACGCGGGGCUCUCCGGCCGGUAUUUAAAGGCCGGAGCCACCCGCGCCGGCUCAGUCCCGCCUGGACAGCGACGGUGUAGCACCUGGGUUGGGAGGGAGCAGCAAGGUAACGCGCAACCCCUGCCUCCCCGGUUCCCAGCCCGCGCCUCAGCCGAGGCGGGUGUGUGUGGGACCCGGGAGCGGGUCUCACCGUGCGUCGCCCACCAACACCUUCCUCCCCCACCAUCCUUACCCAGCCCCAGUCCCGCCCAACCCACCUGGGCGAGACAACUUGGGUGCGAAAGACAAGAGAUUACGAAGGAAGAGCGAUCCAGCAAGCAGAGAAGAGGGAGAAGGGGGUCCUCUUGGAGAGAAAGGUGCCCUCCCGGUAGCAGGCACGUGGUGCUGCCCAGACGGACGAGGCUCUGCAGACCUUCAGAUCAGGCCAACCGACGACGGCUUCUAGGACGCUUCUGUUUAGACCUCUGGGAGCUCCGGGGACGAUGACCCAGACCCUCGACAACAGGGAGGACCCUCUCAACCUGGGCGGCGGCUGGGCGUCCUCCGCCCCCUUGCGUACCUGGUCUACCUGCCACCGAAGGCGCAGGGGCGCUCCCAUAAACAAGCGGCGCCACCGCUAUGGUCCCAAGUCGGAGUAUGAGCCCCCCAGGAAACAGCCAAAGCAACAGCACGGUCCGGGUCCUUGGUUCCAACCACCCCGACGGCCCUACUGGGCCGUGUAUUCCAACUGGGGGCGCUGGGGAGAGCCCUGGCGCCCACCACCGGCCGGAUUCUGGAAGCCUCCCGGCCAAGUGCAAGUGAUCCGGGUUUUUGGUGUGCACCCGCUCUGCCUCUGCUGCUGCUCCUGCUGGCGCGGGCCCUGGAACCCCGGCUGGGCGAGGCCCCCCGGCAGGAAGAAGCGCUGGGGCCGCAGGGGCCGCGGCCUGCGCCGCCACCCUCGCCGCUCCUUCCCGAGGAGCCCGCCCGUGGAUCUGAGCACGCUGCUGAGGCCGGUCAACCUGUACGGGUGGCGGGCACCCGGCAUGCGGGCGCCGCGCAACACCACCCAGUUCAUCAUGAACCAGAUCUACGAGGACAUGCGGCAGCAGGAGAAGCUGGAGCGCCAGCAGGAGGCGCUGCGGGAGCAGAGGGCGCAGCAGGCGCAGGGCGCGGCCUCCCCCGGAGGCUCCUCCGGGAACGACGCGCCCCCCAGCGGCGGCGAAGAAGAGACGGAGCCGCGGGAAACCUUGUACGCCUUUGCGCAGAAUCCCUCUCUGGGCUUCAGUCCCGACCCCGACGAGGAGCGCCGGUUUCCCACCGCACAGUCUGGGGAGGAGGACGACGACGACGACGACGAGCGAAGGGAGGAGGAGGAGUGUGACGAGGAGGAGUGUGACGAGGAGUGUGACGGGAGGGAGGAGGAGAGCGAGGAGGAGGAGGAGGAGGCCGAGGCCGGAGAUGAAGAGGAGGUCGAAGACGCUGACUGCGCGGAGGAGGGGGAGGAGGAUGAAGAGGAGGAAGAGGAAGAAGAGGAAGAGGAGGAUAUAGAAGAGGAAGAGGAGGAUAUAGAAGAGGAAGAGGAGGGGGUGGAGGAAGAGGAGCCGAGAGAGGAAGAGAAUCCUUUACCUCUUGAAAUGCCUUUUUCAUUCCUAGUGGGGGCUGAGGAAGAGAGAGAGAACUUUAUAAACUGUACUUAUUUAAGCCCCAAGCAGAUGAUUCCCAAAGUGCCCCAGGAAGCUCUCCUCAUGGUAGACGACAUUAACUGUUAGACCUCAGGAAAGGGAUUGAGAAUGGGAUGGAACUGAUUUAAGGCUAAAAUGGAUUAGCAACCUAUUAAAAACUAAUUAAAAAUGCUAUGGAUCUUCCUCAGAAGAGCAUGAAGUUGCUUCUGUGGAACUGGUUAUCUGCCAUGGCCUCAACAAUCCAUAAAUCCAUGCAUGGAGAGGAUUCCCCAUGGUCAGAAGUCAACUUGUACAUCUAGUUAAAAUCCAAGGUAACUGCAAACAAUGGAACAUAGCUUAGAUUUCAAAGCCUUGUUCCUGGAUAUAUUCCUUGUCAUAAGUUCACAGGAACCAUAAAAAUAGUUUUUGCACAGUGGAUUUUUUUUUUAAGGAUUACUGGCCUUUUGGGGGUGGAAUAUCUUAUUUCUUUCCUGGUUUGUCUUCCUUCAUAAAGGAGAGUAAAAAAAAAGAUGUGUAAGUGCAAGCCUGUGUGAGCUUGUUUCUAAUGUCUAAACAAUUAUCUAUGAACACAUUAUUCGAAGUAAUAGCUUUUAUUCAGACAUUUUUAGGAAGUAAUACUACAUUUCCUCCUGGGCCUUUAAUUCUCAUAACUUAAUAAAAAGUUCCAUCCAUAGCAUAUUUCCAGAAUAUCCCUAGAUGAAGAAUUUGAACCUGCUUUCUCAGAAAUUACCUUUUUUUACCAACUGUACUUCUAAGUAUAGUUUGAGCCACAUUUUAGUAUUUAUUUGGUGGAGACCAUAUGGUGGUAUCUUACCUGGAUGUUGCCUUUUACUCUUAUAUCCCAGGGUACUGCAGCUUUGGGGG